UUUUUCUGUCUCCUUGUAAUGCAUUUUUAAAAAGAAAAUAUUUGUUACUCUACUCUUUUCGUUUCGCCAUUUCAAGUAAACUACAGUGUUUACAAAACAAAAUUCCAUCCUCUAUUAUUUUUUUAUCGCCGUAAUUUUCAUCCUCCCCUCCUUCACUUAUUAUUAUUUGUUUUUUUUUAGGAAAGUCUCUUAGCAUAUUCAAGUUAUAAAUUAAGAUGCUUUGAAUUAAAAAUCUUGAAAGUUGCGGGGAAACAAAUCGAGGUUGAACAUCGAUCACCAUCCUUCCUUUUUAGUUUCUCUUUCACAAUUGGCCUCUGUACAUUGGGCUACAAGCCGUCUGCAGUAAACCCUGUUUUGAGCAUAGUCGCCUACAUUUUACCAGCUGAUUUUUCGAUGUUUGAAGGUGGAACCAUUAUAUCCUUCUCUUGCAAGUUUCACUCUUCUUUUUGCCAUAAUCUCCUGCACUCUGUGCAGAUUGACUCUUCUCUGGUCUUUAGAUUAUAUAACUGUCGGUGAUUUUGAGUCUUCUGCAUAGACACCGUUGGUGGAAUGCAUUCAGCUCAAGAGUUACUUGGUAGUCAUAUCUCAAGAUUCUCCUCCAUAGAUUGCUAUUGACAGGACAAUGCUUGCUACCAUCGGAUUUUCAUACGAUUGCUGAUUGAAGUGCUACCCAGAUUUCGUUGUUCCUCUGAACACUUCUACUGCACACCUGAUUCAGGAGUUGACAUCUCCUCUCUAUCCCUGCACCACCUCUGUAAUAAUAAUGCUGUCUGAUAUCGGGUUCUUGAUUUACAAGUAUUUAUGUCACUUCUUGCCCACCGGCUUGCAUUACCUUGGUUUUCUUGGAGUUGAUCCACAGACCUGUUUUUGCCAUUUCUUCGGCCACUCUGUCAUUUGCAGGAGCAUUGAACUUGAUUCUGCCAGGAAUGCAAUGUCAUCAGCAUAGUUCAGAUCCAUUAGGUGUCUGCCUACAGUCCACACCUCUCAUUAGAAUGUCUUUAAACACAGUUGCAGUUCAGAUUCACAAAAUUGCUGUGCGUGAUUAACAACUGCAUGGCUACAAUAUCCAGGGUAUUUGAAAACUGAAGAUGUUAUCAAGGAAACAAGAGACUUUAUUUGUAUAUUUUCAGUUCUAUCUCUGUGAAACAUUUCUCAUGGAUUCCAAUAGAUUUCCUUUAUUGGCGGCACAUAAUUACAUAGACUCCAUAUUAUUUUUGUGGUGCUGUAUCAUCAACAUUUACUGAGGCUUUCCUCUUACAUAAUGCCUUUCAUAACUUUAAAUGACUGAUGUCUAAGUUCAAGAUUCCAUCUUACCCAGUUCCCUUAUGACUGAAAAAAAAGUCUUCAUUGAAAAUAUUUGGAAAAAUAUUUCUCUGAUGAAAAUUACAGAAGAAAAGUAGUUUUUCUAUUUUGCAAAGAAGAUUUGAAAUUAUGGAGAAGAAAUUGAGUGAGAGUUGCAUUCAUAAUGAAAGAGAGCCUGAUAAGGCUCAUACAGGGAAGAUAUACCUGUGUGACAUCUGUGGGAAGUCUUUUAAGAUAGGAAGAUAUUUAAUCCAACAUAAAUUAAUCCACACAGAUUCAAAACUUUACAAUUGUGAUACAUGUGGUAAAAGGUUCUCUACAAAUCAAUGUUUGUCUAACCACAAACGCAUUCAUACAGGAGAGAAACCAUAUCAUUGUCAUAUUUGUGGUAAAACUUUCUCUCAAAAUAGUAACUUGUUAAACCACAAACGUAUUCAUACAGGGGAAAAGCCGUAUCACUGUGAUAUUUGUGGUAAAUUAUUUUCUAUAAAUAGUAAUUUAUUGAAACAUGUACGUAUGCAUACAGGUGAGAAACCAUAUCAUUGUGAUAUCUGUGGCAAAGCAUUCUCUGUAAAAUGUAGCUUACUGAAACACAAACAUACUCAUACAGGAGAAAAGCCAUUCCACUGUGAUAUUUGUGGUAAAGCAUUUUCUGAAAACAGUAAUUUACUGAAUCACAAACGUAUUCACACAGGUGAGAAACCAUAUCACUGUGAUAUUUGUGGUAAAUCAUUCUCUGAAAAUAGCAAUUUAUUGAAACAUAAGCGCAUGCAUACAGGUGAGAAACCAUAUCAUUGUGAUAUCUGUGGUAAAGCAUUCUCUGUAAACAGUCAUUUGUCUAAGCACAAACGUAUUCACACAGGUGAGAAACCAUACCUGUGUGCUAUCUGUGGUAUGACAUUCUCUCAAAGUUCUAAUUUAUUAACCCAUAAACGUAUUCAUACAGGAGAAAAGCCAUAUCAUUGUGAUAUCUGUGGUAAAACUUUCAAUGCUAAUGGCAAUUUAUCUAACCACAAGCGUAUUCAUACAGGGAAGAAACAAUAUCACUGUGAUAUCUGUGGUAAAUCAUUAUCUCAGAAAGGUCGUUUACUAUCUCAUAAACGUAUUCAUACAGGAGAAAAACCAUACCACUGUGAUAUAUGUAGCAAAAAGUUCUCUACUAAUGAAUAUUUAUCUAACCACAAACGUAUUCACACAGGGGAGAAACCAUACCGCUGUGACAUUUGUGGUAAAGCAUUCUCUGGGAAUAGUCACUUAUUGACUCAUAGACGUAUUCAUACAGGUGAGAAACCAUAUCACUGUGAUAUUUGUGGUAAAUCAUUCUCUGAUGGUAGUCAUUUAUCUAAACACAAACGUAUUCACACAGGUGAGAAACCAUAUCACUGUGAUAUCUGUGGUAAAUCAUUCUCUCAGAAUAUCAAUUUACUAACCCAUCGACGUAUUCACACAGGAGAGAAACCAUAUCAUUGUGAUAUUUGUGGUAAAGCAUUCUCUCUAAAUUGCCAUUUAUCUAAUCACAAACGUAUUCAUACAGGUUAGAAAACAUUCCACUGUGAUAUACAUGUCAGAUAAUACUUUCAACAAAGUAAUUUAUUAACCCUUAAGCAUUUAUAAUUAAUAGAACCAUACAUUUAUAAUAUUUGUGCUAAAACAUUGUCUUAUUAACCUAUUGUCUAAGCAUUAUCAGAUAUAUUUACUCACACACACACACACACACACAAAAGGUAAACCAUGGCUCAGUUCUUUUGUCCAAAUUUAGUUACAUUAAGAUUACUCCCAGAGUCUUCACUAUGGUUUAAAAUGGAUUUAGAUUUCUAGUGUUUCUGGAAUUAAUGUAUAUAUUUUUCACUUUUGAUGUAAAAUGGUAACAAUAAAAUAACCAGUUGUUUCAACACUUAAUUAUCUAAAACAAUUGUUAUUGAGUAGCUUUAAGUCAGUUCUGAUCCAGCAGCAAUCUUAUGGCCCACUAGCAGUGGGUCCUUUCUUAGAAUUAGUUAAGUUUCAUAAUUUGCUAUUUGCCAAAAUAUUCACAAAUUAUUGAACUGUUUGCAAAUUUGACCAAAAAAAAAAAUCUUAUUAUAUUUCAUAAUUUUAGAAAAUGUUCUUUCUGAGAAACGUGUUGUAUAUUUUUUGAUCCCAGCAACAAAAUCAUUUUGACCACAGAUUCUAGCUAGUACUCAAUCUCAGUUAAGUGAAGCCUUACCAACUGUAUGGGUUACAAAAUAUGUCAUUUUUUUUUUUUUACUUGGAAGUAAAUUCUUGCUCACAUCUAAACUUUGUCUUGAAUUCAGUUUAAA